AUGGACUUGCCUAAAUUUCUUGUCACACUGUUGCUGAUCUGUCUUCUCACCUAUGAAUCCUAUGUGGGUGCAGCAUCAGAAGAACAAGAUUUCUUACAAACUUGUUCAUCCCACCGGUGCAGCAAAUAUGGACCUGAGAUCCGGUUCCCGUUCCGGCUUUCGAGCCACCCACCAUCCUGUGGUGCCCCAGGCAUGCAGUUAUCGUGCUCCGGGGAUGACACAAUCCUCGAUCACCAUGUUCUUGGCUCCUGCAGAGUGACUGGGAUCUAUUACAGGCACCGCAUCAUCAACGUCAUCCCGCUUGCGAAACCAUCGACCCAAUGCCCUCUUCAGAAGCUCAUCUCAGCAAACUUAGCAACUGAUGUGUACAAACAACCUCAAUCAUCACAAGUUACGACCCUGGUACGUUGUUCAAGAGAUUUCACACCAGUGGAUCAAUAUAGUAUAGUAGGCCCAGCUUGUUAUCUCAGUAACAACGCUAGCCAAUUCUGGUAUAUAGCGAAAUAUUAUGCAGACAUGUCUGAUCUUCCACGGGACUGCACGGUUGUUUCUAAAGGUAUCCCCAUACCCUUGACUUAUGAUAAAGAUGGCCCAAACCUUGACGAGUACACCUUCAAAGAAAAGGCAAAUAGUUUCCUCAACUUUUGUGAAACAACAUUCACUUGGCACCUCAAUAACAUCACAGAUGUCUGCCAACAGUGUGAACAUAAAGGUCAGCACUGUGGAUUCAUGUCACAAAGGCAUCAAGCUUUCUGCCAGCACCAUGGUGUGCCUGUCAUCCCGGUUGCAGCAGCAUCAUCUGUUGCUGCAUUUCUAGUUUUUUCAUUGACGGCGGCCACCGCGAUCUAUCUCUCCUUGAAGUCAAGGUACAGUGAAGAGAUAAAUAUGAAGGUUGAAAUAUUUCUGAAGGCAUAUGGCACAUCGAAACCCACAAGGUACACUUUCCCUGAAGUUAAGAAGAUAGCAAGACGGUUCAAGGAUAAGCUCGGCCAGGGCGGAUUUGGAAGUGUAUACAAAGGUGAGCUACCGAAUGGAGUUCCUGUGGCAGUCAAGAUGCUAGAGAGCUCUACAGGAGAGGGAGAGGAAUUCAUUAAUGAGGUUGCAACCAUUGGAUUAAUCCACCAUGCAAAUAUUGUCCGCCUCUUGGGCUUUUGCUCCGAAGGAAUGAGACGGGCCCUUAUUUAUGAAUUCAUGCCUAAUGAGUCACUGGAGAAAUACAUAUUCGCACAUGUUUCUAAUAUUUCUCGACAACUCUUAGCACCCAACAAAAUGCUAGAUAUUGCGUUAGGCAUUGCUCGAGGAAUGGCGUACCUGCAUCAAGGGUGCAACCAGCGCAUUCUCCACUUUGACAUCAAGCCACACAACAUCUUGUUGGACUACAACUUCAAUCCAAAGAUUUCAGACUUUGGCCUUGCUAAGCUGUGUGCAAGGGACCAGAGCAUCGUAACCUUGACUGCAGCAAGAGGCACUAUGGGAUACAUCGCACCAGAGCUAUACUCUCGGAACUUUGGAGGGGUGUCUUACAAGUCAGACGUGUACAGUUUUGGAAUGUUGGUGUUGGAAAUGGUGAGCGGACGGAGGAACUCAGACCCUAGUGUUGAGAACCAGGACGAGGUAUAUCUCCCGGAGUGGAUCUACGAGAAAGUAAUCAGUGGGCAUGAAUGGGAGCUUACUUUGGAAAUGACAGCAGAAGACAAGGAGAAGAUGACACAGCUAACUAUUGUGGCACUGUGGUGCAUCCAAUGGAAUCCGAAAAAUCGACCAUCGAUGACGAAGGUGGUAAACAUGUUAACAGGGAGGUUGCAGAAUCUCCAGAUCCCCCCUAAGCCCUUUGUGCCGUCUGACAAUCGUCCUAUGCGAGAGAACACGACGAACGCAUGA